CAAGACUGUUUAUCUUGCGUUUCUUUUUUAGGAGAGCAUGUUAUGGGCUCAUUCUACAAGCAUACUGCUCGAGAUAAACGUAAAGAACGAAGCCCUCCCAGUGCUGUAAGGAACAUCCUAUGCUGUCAAAUUUCAAAAGGCGCACCAUAUACGAUGGAUAACGAUAUCUAUGAUUAUUACAAUGUCACCGUAGUGGCGCGAUCAUACGUUCGGGAGCAGGUGAUUAUUAUCGCUAUAAUCAUUGAAUUUUCAUUUGGUUAUUUCGUUGGGUAUCAUGAUUAUUUUUUGCAGAUCCGUCGCAUGAUGUCGUGUGUGGUUUUUUGCGGCUACGAUCGUCUAAGCGUAGAAACUGUAAAGUGGCUUCUCAACAAUCCAGAUAGCCAAAAUUUCUACGGGUUGCGAAUUCCAGUAGCUCCUCCACAAGGCCUGUUCCUGACUGAAGUUGUGUAUCCUACCGAGAUGUUUACGAACCCAUUCCCGUAUUACCGUCAUGCAUGGGAUUACCCAUUGCAAAAAGAUUUGCUUUUUGAUGAAGACACCACGACCAGUUGA